UACACCCAGCAAAUCCGCUCAUAUCAGACCUGUUCAGGUCAACACGUUACCUAUUAGCUAUUUCAGUUUCAACAAUUUCCUCUCUCCUUCCUUUAACCAUUUCAUGAUUUUCAUCAUAUUUCCUUUCCAUCCUUCACCGAAAUUCUUCUUUGCUUUCACCAAUCAUCUACUACAAACCAAUAUACUGGUAAUUUCCACGGUUUUGUUGGGGUGGUUUCAACCAUGACCCUUAAGGGUGGCACCGCCAGUGCCUGUGCCGCGUGCAAGUACCAGAGGCGGAAGUGCACUCCCGAAUGUCCCCUUGCUCCUUAUUUCCCAGCUGAGCAAGCCAGGGUUUUCCAAAACGCUCACAAAUUAUUUGGCGUAAGCAACAUUCUUAAGAUAUUAAAGAACCUAAAUCCUGCCCAACAGGCUGAGGCCAUGCGUUCUAUCAAAUACCAAUCCAAUGUGCGCGACCAAUUCCCUGUUUAUGGAUGCUUAGGGGUCAUUCGUCAGUUACAGUAUCAAAUUCAGCUGGUUGAAGAGGAACUUCAUGCAGUGCAUGCACAGCUUGAAAUGUACAGGCAACAUCAUCAGAUAUCUUCGAUUGCUGAUGAUGUGCCUUCACAGCUAGAACUAGGCAUGGCACCGCCUAGUAAUGCUCUCCCUCUCUUCAAUCAGGUCCCACAACAGCAUUACAAUUCCCUGGCUGCUUUGCCGGUUUCAAUGCAGCACUCUUACUCUAAUAGCAGUAAUGUUGAUUAUAGCUCUUCUUACAUGGAUUCCAAGGAGAAUGUGGCAAAUUCUUUGUGGGUUCAACAUCCUUUUGCCACGAACAAUAACACCGAUAAUGGCAGUACAAUGGCAAUACAAUCUCAGCUGGUUGCCCCUCAGACCGUGGCUGUCCAACAGCAAGUUGUUCAAGAUUAUGAUGAAAUCCAUCCAUUUUUCGAUGCCAUUGACGACAGACAGUCUUAUAUUGAUUCCAAAGAACCCUACGAAUCAAGCUCUGAAGAAUCAUUGAAAGACACAACACAAUCUGUGGAACAUGUUGCGGAAAAUGAAUUGAAGAGUGCUGCCGCUUGCUUCAGUCUUACCAGUGUCAACUGAUCAACAAUCACAAAGAGGCCACAGAAAAAGUAGUGCGAGUUCCAUAUUCUUUUCUUUUCUUCUAUUUUUUUUCUUCCCCGGAUUAGAUCGUACAUAGUAUAGUACGUUCAACAAUUUUGAUCUUUGUUUAUUCCAUUUCAAAACAUUAGCAGUUGUAAUUAUUCAGCAAAAUAUAAUAAUCAAAAACCGAAACCGCUCAGCUGAGCACAAUCCACAGAUUACACCAUGGGUGGUUUGCGGUUUCUCAAAGGCUCACCUCCAUGCUGCAUUGGCGAGGGGA